GCACGCUGAGCAGUCGCAUCGCACGGCUAGAUCUGAGCGAAGAACGUGAUCUGUGUGCGAGUGAAGUGAGGCCGAGUUGAAAGUGUUUCAGAUUUGUUAUUGCAACGCUUAUCGCAAUGGGCGCGUCUACAGUCCGCCUGUGCCUGGCGCUUAUCUGCUGUGCCUGCAGCUUGAGUGGGGCGCUGCAAGAGUCCACUGUGCCCACCCAAGCGCCCGCUGUGGCGACAGUGGGCGCAGUUGUGCCGCCCGUCCACACGCAGUGGCGCGGGCGCAACUACCGGCCGCACUAUGCCACGCCCACGCUGGCGCCCACUGCUGCCCAGCAUAACGAGAUGAAGGAGCUGAUGUCGAACCUGCACGAUCGCGUCGGCAUCUUGGCGACCUUGGACGAGGACCAGCGCCAUCGCCUGGAAGUCAUCGAUAAGAAAGUCGAUCAGCUGUUGGACAGCAACACGGGCCGCAUGGAGUCGCUGAAGGCUCAGCAGCUAAACUUCCAGCAGCGCUUGGACAGCUUCGAGCACAUUCAGCGCUUGACGAGGCACACGCUGGACGAGCUGAAAGGUGAAACAGACGCCAUUGUGGGAACUCGUGCGGGCCGAGAGCUAAGCCACAAGCAAAAGAAUCGCAACAAGCUGCGCGAACUCUCGCGCCAGACGCGCGCCACUUCGCAGCAGCAAUCGAAUGCGGCUAGCUACUUGGAUAUAUUCAACCGCACAGAGCACACGCCGCAGCGGGCACGGGGCAGGUCAUUCAAUGAUACGGAAUUGGAUGUGGCCGGCCGCCUGGACGCCCUGGCCACGUUUCUCGUCUCGCUGGCCUACAACGUCAAGGACACGCAGCAGAGCGUGGGCAAGCUGGUGCAGAAUACCAACAACAUCCGCAGACGUCUGGCCAAUCGGAAGGCGCAGUCCGCUCAGCUGCCGCAGAAUGUGGCAAGCCUAGCACCGGCUGUUGCCGAGGAGCAUGCCACGAGCUGCCUGCAGUCCUAUUUGGCUGUCAAUGGCAUCUUGAAGCUGCAGCUGACGCCGCAGAGCGACCCGUUCUAUGUGCCCUGCCAGGAGGACGGCUGGACGGUGGUGAUGAAUCGCAGCUCGGACGACGUCAGCUUCGAGCGCAGCUGGCUGGACUACAAGGAGGGCUUCGGCAAUCUGGCCGGCGACUUCUUCAUCGGGCUGGACAAACUGCAUGCUCUGACCAGCUCGUCGCUGCACGAGCUGCGCAUCUGGAUGCAGGACUUCCAGGACAAUGUGGCCGUCGCCGGCUACGACUCGUUCGCCAUCAGCGGGGAGCGCGAGCUCUACGCGCUCAGUCUGCUGGGCAGGUAUCAGGAGCACCUGCAGCCGCCGGCCGGCGACUCGUUCUCGUACCACGCGGGCGCCAAGUUCAGCACCUUCGACAGCGACAACGACAACUGCCUCGAGUGCAGCUGCGCCCAGCGCCACAAGGCCGGCGGCUGGUUCAAUGCGUGCGGCACCAGCAACCUGAUGGGCGUCUACCACGGCCUGGGCACGAACUAUCAGCGCGCUGGCGAGACGGGCAUCUAUUGGGACACGUUCCAGGGCAAGGACUACUCGUUGCGCAGCAUCAAAAUGCUCAUACGCCCCCUGGGCCAGGAGGAGGCCAGGCGCUAGCCCUCGCAGCCGCCAGCCUCAACUGCCAUACGUCAGGGAAGCAGGCGAACUCUAACUCUAACGCCAAAGGCUCCGUUC